ACCAGAUUGCUUACUUUGGAUUCCAAAAAAGCUGAAGACAGAGGACAUGGACAUCAUUGUCUCUAUCGUAAAUGAUAUUUUGAGCAAGUUAGUGGAUGCAACAAUACAUGAAGCUUCUUAUUCUUGCUACUUCAACAAGUACGUCAAAGAGCUUGAAACAAAGAAAACAAAGUUGCAAUCCAAAAUAGGAGAUGUUCUUCAACGAGUUAAAGAGGAUAAGAAGCAUACAAGGAGUGUUGUUAAAGAAGUUGAGAAAUGGCUGUGUGAAGCGGACUCUUUGGUGGCAAAAGCGGUGCAACUAGAAAUAAAGAUAAAGAACAAAAACAAGACAUCUUGUUUUAAGUAUUUUCCUAAUCUGAUCAAGCAUUACACUCUUGCUAAACAACUUGAAGGGAAGAUCAAUGAAAUUAAAGGGCAUUGCAAUAUUGCAUUACUAGAAUUUUCUCGAUUUGACCCACUUGAUGGCAUGAGAUAUUAUUCUUUUGAAAGUUUUGUACCCUUUGAGAGCAGACAGGCGGCAUAUGAUGAACUUUUGGAGGCACUUAAAGAUAAGCAUGUGAACUUGAUUGGAUUGUAUGGUAUGGGGGGAUGUGGGAAAACGACCUUGGUUAAAGAAGUGGGGAAAGAAGUAGAAAAGUUUUUCAAUAAAGUUAUCUUUGUUGUUGUGUCUAAUAUCUUUGAAGUCAAAAGAAUUCAAGAAAAUAUAGCAAGCCAACUUACUAAUCUUGAAUUCAAGAAAAUAUAGCAAGCCAACAAGAGAGGGCCAAGCGAUUAUCCAUGAGAUUAGGGAGUGGGGAAAUGUUCCUGAUUAUUCUAGAUGAUGUAUGGAAGAAGCUUGAUUUUGAGGCCAUAGGGAUUCCUCUUGUAGAAGAUAAAAAAAAAGUUAUUGCACUGUACUUAUAACUACUCAAAAAGUUCAAGUAUGUAGAUUGAUGAAUUGCAAAACAAGAAUUCCCUUAAAGGAAUUAGAAGAGGUUGAAGCAUGGAAGCUCUUUCAAAUGUAUUCAAGGACAUUUGAUGGUGACACUACUAGUCCCUUAAAGAGAUUGGCACAAGAAAUUACAAAAGAAUAUGGUGGUUUACCUGUUGCUAUUACUGUUGUAGCCAGCACUUUAAAGGAAAACCUUAAUAUGAGUGGGAGGAAGCAUCAAGAACACUAAAAGAUUCAAUCCUUCUUGAUUUUGAUGAUGAGGGAUUAAGAAAUCCUUACUCAUGUCUUCAGUUCAGUUAUGAAAAUCUAAAAGAUGAAGUAGCCACGUCAAUCUUCUUAUUGUGCUCUGUAUUUCCUGAAGAUUAUGCAAUUCUAAUAGAGAAAUUAACCAAGUUCAGAGUAGGGCUUGGUCUUGUAUUGGAAGAAGUUGACUCUUAUCAAAGGACAAGAAACCAAGUGAUCAUUAAAGGCAGAGAUAGGCUCAUAGAUUCUUGUUUGUUGCUAAAAGUUGAUGAUGGAAAUAGUCAUGUCAAAAUGCAUGAUUUGGUUCAUGAUGUAGCCUUAUGGAUUUCAAAGAAGGAGAUUAGAUUGAUUAAUAGGGAAAAUAAAAGAAAAAAAGUAUUGAAGGAUGAUAGUGUAAGAUAUUUAUGGUUUGAUGACAUGGAGUCAUUUUCUCAUAAGUUAGAUUGCCCUAAACUUGAGUUUCCUUGUAUAUGCAUAAAAAAAACUAUGCUAUUGAACUAACAAAUGUUUUUCUCAAAUAUAAGGAGAAGCUUUGAGUUUUGAUUUUUGAAUGUAAAGUAUUUUCAUGGAAUCAAAAAACAAAAAUCCUACAAUUCUCAAAGUCAGUCCAUUUGAUAAAUAAUCUUAGUUGCCUAUUCUUGGACAAUUGG